UGCAGCCGGUCACCCUUCCCCCUCCCCGCGGGCUUUUGCACACGACGCGCCGCGGGCGGCUUCACACGGAGUGGCGAGGGCCGGGGAUAAAGCGGGCGGGCGCGGGGCGCAGCGGCGGGACCCGAGCGGAAGGUGAGUGCGCUCUGCCGUCGCCCGGCGCGCAACUUCGAGGGCGCACUGGGAGAGGCGGCAUGCCGACCAUGGACAAACAGAACCUCCUGGAGAGCACCAGCAGAACCUGGUCAUACUUAGGGUCUCUGUGGAAGAGUGAGACUGGUCCGACCCCUCCUGUGGACCUGCCCACUGUUGAGCUGGCUAUCCAGAGCAACCAUUGUUGCCACGCCCAGAGGGAUUCUGGUAGCCACUCUGACCCCAAGAAGCAGAAGGCCCGGCGCAAGCUCUAUGUGGCCUCUGCCAUCUGCCUGGUGUUCAUGAUUGGAGAAAUCAUUGGCGGGUACCUGGCACACAGCCUGGCCAUCAUGACCGACGCAGCCCAUUUGCUCACCGAUUUUGCCAGCAUGCUCAUUAGCCUCUUCUCCCUGUGGGUGUCUUCCCGACCGGCUACCAAGACCAUGAACUUCGGCUGGCAACGAGCUGAGAUCCUUGGAGCCUUGGUGUCUGUUCUGUCCAUCUGGGUGGUGACUGGGGUGCUGGUGUACCUGGCUGUGCAGCGCUUGAUUUCUGGAGAUUAUGAGAUCAAAGGGGCCACCAUGUUGAUCACGUCAGGCUGCGCUGUGGCUGUGAACAUCAUAAUGGGCCUGGCUCUUCACCAGUCUGGACAUGGGCACAGCCAUGGACGUGGGCACAGCCAUGGCAACCAAAGCCAUGAAGACAGUCAACGGCAGGAGGAGAACCCCAGUGUCCGAGCAGCCUUUAUCCAUGUGAUUGGGGACCUUCUGCAGAGUCUGGGUGUCUUGGUGGCUGCCUACAUUAUAUACUUCAAGCCUGAGUACAAGUACGUGGACCCCAUCUGCACCUUCCUGUUCUCCAUCCUGGUCUUGGGGACAACGUUAACCAUCCUGAGAGAUGUCCUCUUGGUGCUCAUGGAAGGGACUCCCAAAGGUGUGGACUUCACAGCUGUGAAGAACCUUCUGCUGUCCGUGGACGGGGUGGAAGCCUUGCAUAGUCUGCAUAUCUGGGCGCUGACCGUGGCCCAGCCGGUGCUCUCGGUCCACAUAGCUAUCGCUCAGAAUGCUGACGCCCAAGCUGUGCUGAAGGUGGCGAGGGACCGCCUCCAGGGCAAGUUCAAUUUCCACAUGAUGACCAUCCAGAUUGAGAGCUACUCUGAGGAGAUGAAGGACUGCCAGGAAUGCCAGGGCCCCUCAGACUGACUGACUGGCCAGACACCACGGGAGGCACGGCCAGGACCUGUGGGUGGCGCAUCGAGGGUCCAACCAGGACUCAGGUUCAAGACACAGCCUGGUCCACGCCCACGCCUAACAUCGCAGCUGGAAAGGCACUGAGGCACAGAAGGGGACUCUGGCGUGUCCCCUUCUAUCCAGGGUCUUUGUGUCUAGAACAAAAAAAUGGAACAAGACACACGUUACUGGAAAGUCGGGCUUCCUUUUGCAGGGUCAGUCUCAUUGAUAAAAGAAUUUUGAAACGGACUCAGAAGGAUGCUUUGAAGACCGUUUUAUUAGAAUUUGGGAGAACACCACACAGGCCUAGCAAGCUGUGAAUAUCAGCGGCUGCUGGAAGGAGGAGAGAGAAGGGAGAAAGCAAGCCACGCCUUUUGAGUUAGGGUCAGCCGUGGAGUUCUGUAAAGGGCUGAGCGGCUGUGUUGGGGGGAGGGGCUAGGGAAACAGUGAGAAAACUGAGCGUGUUGGGGCAAGCAUGCUUAGGGCUUUGGUCAGUAUCCAAAGACGAACUAGAGAGCUGGGGAGACUCUGGGUAGAGGGCUGCCACAGAACCAGGGAGACCUGGGUUUGGACGGUCCGCACUUUGUACUUAGUGGGAGGUGGAGGUAGGAUCCGUGGGGCUUGCUGGGCGCCUAGUCUAACCACGUCUCUGCCGUCUAGGUUCAGUGAGAGACUCUACUUCAAAAAAAGAAGUUGGAGAGCAAUGGAGGAUACCUGCUGUGGCCUCCACGAACACCCCUCCCUCUCUCUCUCUCUCUCUCUCUCUCUCUCUCUCUCUCUCACACACACACACACACACACACACACACACACACACACACACACAAUUUAAAGAUGAAAAAUGAGAUAAAAACAGGCCAACCUAGCAGUUAAGGUACAUAAGCAACUGUCUUGUAUGUGGGGGAUGGGCAGAGAACCGUAAGUGCCCUGAUUAAGGGGCUGGCUGAUCGUGCCUUUCAGUCCCUUAGCACAUCUUUGGGUGACUGGCAGGCCCGGUUGAGUGAACUCUCUAAAAAGAAUGUGUGUGGUGGUCAGAGGACAAUUUUGUGGAGCUGCUUCUCGCCACCGUUAUGUGAAUUCCUGGGAUCAAUGACGGGUUGUCGGGCCUGAGCCACCCUUGAGGGAGGGGACAGUGGUAUGUAAUGUUCUAAUCUUUGGAGCAGGUUAGACUGUCCUAGCUUCACCCUGGGCCAGGGUAGAACUUGGUUUCCAUUCUUUGGACCGGGAGGAAUUUCUUUCUAGGAGACUGGCCUCAAGGAUGCCCUCCUGACUUGCUCUUCCCCAGUCGGUCCCCACCAGCUGCCUCAUGAACCUGCAGCCAUCGGGAGCCCCUGCCUCCGCCCAUAAUGGCUUACUAAGGCCAUCACCCUGAGAUGUGGGGCCAAAGGGCACCUGAGGCUUCUCUGUGUCUUGAUCACUUUGGCUGUGGGCCCCACGUGACUUCCUGGAGGAGGAGGCCUCUUACUAGGGAAGAACCUGGCUGGUUUCUUCCUUCCUGGUACCCCAGCCCAGGAAGCUGUCAGUGUAGCCAUGGCCUUGACACAGGUGACGGGGACAGAUUCCAGUUGGGACCAUGCCCUCAACAGUCCCGGAGCAAGGCCACCUCCCUUGACCUGAUACUAUCCCAGGAGAUUGUAGGCUCUGUUGCCUGGAUGCAAGAGGAGAGACCUGUCCCGUCUCAUAGAGGUGACAGGCCUAGCCCUGGGCCAAUGUGUACAUCUGAAGUAGGCCAGUCCUUAAGGCUGUCACUUCUCAGUGCUUGUGACUUAUAUGGAGACCAGGAACUUCGGGACACCUUCCCCCCAGGACUGAAGACAGCCGAGCCUGUCACACACCUGCUGGUUGUGUCUUGGUCACUUUGAUCAGGGUUCUAGAAAAGGGACUCUGCAGUUGAGGCUGUUGUGAAGGGCCAGGCCAGCUUCCCAGCCUUCUGUCUUUAUUUUGUUCUGGCAGGUAAGAGGAGAGGCAGUGUUUGCCUCCACCAACACGACCCCAUUUUUAAAAUAAAUGGCAAGCGUCGGGCGGCGUUGGCGGUGGUGGCCCACGCCUUUAAUCCAGCACUCGGGAGGCAGAGGCAG